AUGUCAAUGUUGUCACGAGAAACUCACGCGCAAUUCCCGAAAAGAUUCGCCUGUGAUAGAUGCAGAGAGCAUAAGCUCCGAUGUCCUCGUGAGGGCCAGACAGGCCAGACCUGUGCGCGGUGCCUCCGCGCCGGUGCCCCGUGUGUGACAAGCAAUCUGCGGCCUCUUGGACGGCCUGCGCGGAAGACCACCACGAAAAAGAGCCAUGGACGGGAAGGACGCCCACGGAAGGCUCUGAGAGGCCAAAGCGGUACUGCUGACGAUGAAAACAACUUUUUAUUUGAUACAGAUCCCGCCCAAAAUCCCGUCAAUCUGUUUGGCGCCACUGAGAAACGUCCCGGGACUAGGAGACCCGAUCUCCCUUCACAGGAUCCAGGGGUCUUCGACGCAAAUGGCCCCGGCCUUUUUGGCCUUGAUCCGGAAAUUCUCUUGGGCCUGUCGGGGGUGAGCGAUGAUUUUCUGGGGGCUGGGCUGUCGAAUGGCCAAAGCCCCUUUGGGGUUCCCUCGCUGAAUGACACGCAUUUCCUCAGACCGGGCGAUGUGGAGAGUGGAUAUGCCGAUACCAGCAAUAGAUCCAGUGCUCAAAGGCAGUAUUUCAGGGACGAACCCAGCCACAGACUAGAUCCCGACUCCCCGGGAGCUGCGGAUCCUGCCAAGCAGCCACGGAAGACAAUGAGCAGCGCUGAUACCACCCAGAGGUUGUCUGUUCUGAUUGCGUCAAUGGGCAAACAACUAGACCGACUAAAUACCGCACCUUGGAGUGUCACUCUGGUCAAUAUUGUGUGUGUUAACCAGAGCCAGGAGGCCGCUAAUUCCAACCCGCUUGGAGAGGUCCUUCAAACCACCUCCGAGUUUGUACAUGUCCUCCAAACCAUCGCUCUCAAAACUUCCCCUACAGACCAAUCGGGCUCUAGAUUUCAGUCACAAUACUCAGAUCCCGCCACGCUAUCAUCAUCGGCGGUUGACAUACACUGCUCUCGCUUGACUGCAAAUCUGAACAACGCCGUGCAGCCGCUUCAUAUCAGCUCUUCGCCCUUUGUCCAAAUGUGCACCUCUGAAUCCAUGAACCCCCCACCCUCCGACCAUUUUAAACCGGAUACCCCAGCCGCUCUUGUGAUCCUUACCUGCUAUAUUCAGAUUAUCCAAAUCUAUGAUAUCCUCUUCUCGCGCGUUUACGAGUCUCUGUCUGAAAUGUCGCACCAGUCCAUCUCAUCACUCCAAUCCGUACCGGGCCUCCAGCUUGGAGGAUUUCCUGUGCAGUAUGGGAAUCUGCAGAUCAAGAUUCUCGUUCAGGUGAUUAUGCAUCUUCUAACUCACAUCGAGCGCUUGAUGGGAACAUCCGCGGAGUUCCGUCUUGACACUUCAAGGGGCACCAACGAUGGUCUUUUCAGCAGUUCGGAGCUUACCCCGCUGUUUCGGAUGGUCAUGAGUCAAACAGAUGGCGAGGAGAGUGAUGGGAUGGCUGUUGGGUAUAUUUCCUCGCUCAGAGAGAACAUGAAAAACAUCCAGCAGAUUUUGGAACAGAACAAUUCUCUAUAG